UGAGGAGUGUGGGAACUGAGCCCACAGGGGAAUAUGGGAACUGGGGAAAUCUUCAGCAGCUGACUCGGUGCUAUCUGCCUUCCUCACUUGUGUGCUUUCUGAGUCAGCAUUAGCUAAAUGUUCCAGAAAGCCAUCCACAAAGCGCAGGCUGGGCGUUCAAGGGAUGUCACUCAUUUCCUCUAGUGAUUUUGACAAAUCAGAAGCUUGAACUCAGGGAAACCCUCAACAUAUUUCCAGAACUCUCCAUCAGCCUGGUGACUGAGCAUCUGUCUCCCUGGCGAGCCCCCGUGCAUCGGAGGGGUCUGCACGAUGUCCAAGCACUUUAGCCUGGCAUUGCUUCUCGCUUCUAUUUGGACCACUAGGCUCCUGGUCCAAGGUGCCGUCCAAGCGCAAGACCUUACCAUUUCUCCAUGCAGAAUCGUGGGUGUUGCCCUUGUGGGCAGAAAGGCAAACCCGCAGAUGAAUUUCACGGAAGCCAGGGAGGCCUGUAAGGUGCUGGGACUGACUCUGGCCAGCAAGGACCAGGUGCAAGCAGCACAGCUGUCUGGCUUUGAGACUUGCAGCUACGGUUGGGUUGGAGAACGGUUCACAGUCAUCCCUCGGAUUUUCCAAAACCCCAAGUGUGGGAAGAACGGGAAAGGCGUCCUGAUUUGGAAAGCUUCCCCCAGCGCACAGUUCAAAGCCUAUUGCCACAACUCAUCUGACAUCUGGGUUAAUUCGUGCGUCCCAGAAGUCAUCACCACAUUCUACCCCACGUUCGACACUGAAACCCCCGAAAACGGGUUUUCUGUCAGCAACAGUGCCUACUCGGCUUCAUCCCCGGACUCCACAGCGCAAACUUCUGCUACCACCCGGGCUCCACCUUCCACCUCCAUGAAACGGAAGACAAAAGUGAUUUGUUUCACGGAAGUUUAUACGGAACCUAGCACCAUAGCUACAGAAACAAGACCAUCUCUUGAAAGUGGAGCAGCAUUCCAGAAUGAAGCAGCUGGGUUCGGAGGGGUCCCCACAACCCUGCUGGUGCUGGCCCUCCUCUUCUUUGGUGCUGCCGCUGUUCUGGCUGUUUGCUACGUGAAAAGGUAUGUGAAGGCCUUCCCUUUCACAAACAAGAAUCAACAGAAGGAAAUGAUUGAAACCAAGGUUGUAAAGGAAGAAAAGGCUGAUGACGUCAAUGCUAAUGAAGAAUCAAAGAAAACUGUUAAAAAUGCGGAGGAGCCCAGGAGUCCACCCAAAACUACGGUGCGAUGCUUAGAGGCUGAGGUUUAGCUGCAAGAGCAUGGAGAAGGUCACAGCCGUGAGAAAAGGACUACAUGGUCAAGUUCAAACAUAGCAGUCCUUUACUUGGGACUCAGGCGCUACAUCCCAGUCUGUUUCAGAGUUCCCGUGACAGGCAGCAAGGGAAGAGCCAGAGGGAGUGAGAGCAGUCAAAAUCUUUUAGACCUAAUCUUGAAAGUGGUAACUCUACUCAGAAAUAAGUCUGGGUGUCCAGUUCACUCAUGGAAAGAGAGGCAUAGACAAGUGCAUGCCAGAGCCAAUCUAGAAGAUUGUCUCCUACCACAGUAAUGAAUCCUUCUCUUGUUCAGUUCUUCUCUUGUUCUUGUUCUCUUAUGCAGUUUGCUUAUGUUGCCAGGCUAGCAUCCAGCAUAAUAUGCCUCCUUGCAUUAUUAUAAUUACAUAUAUUAUCUUUCCUUUCAUUCUUAACAACUGUGCAGAGACCAUAGAGACACCACAUACAACCUAAACUUUCAGAGGGCUGGGGGGAUGGCUCAGCAUUGAGAACAUUGGUUGCUCUUGAAAAAGACCAGGGUUCUGUUCUCAGAACCCACACAGCAACUCAAAACUAUCAUCCCUCCAGUUCCAGGGGAUCCAACACCAUCGUUUCAUCUCUGCAAGCACCAGGAAUGCAGAUGGUGGUGAACAGACACACAUGCAAACAGAACUUUCAUAUACAUUAAUAAAACUAAACACAUUAUUUUAAAAAUAGACAAAGGAGGAGUAAAUGCUGAAUAAGUGAAUGUGAGGAACCUUUGAGAACAGUAUUAAGUGCUAAGAAUAUUUUCUAUAUGGUCAAUUGUUUCUGCCCACCUAAAUUUUGUAAUGAUGGUUUUCUCUUGGUGCAGAAUUCAGCUGUGAACUAACCAAAAUUAUGAACUAAGACUAUUAAACAUGACCUUUUCUCUCUGGGUUGACAUUGACUUAACUCUGCAAUCAAGAACAUAAUAAAUAUGGACAAAACUGA